AUGCCCCAUAUGCGUGAGGUGAAGACCUGUGACCGCUGCCGGCACUUCAAGCGGCGCUGCGACCUUCUCAAGCCGUCGUGCUCGCGAUGCAUCCAGGCCGGAGUGCGUUGCAGCUUCGAUGUCAAUGGCGUUGCCGUGCCCAGCGCAGCAGCCGCCGCUGGUGCCAGUGCGUCUCCUGGUUCUUCGCGACAGGCGAGGACGGCGCUCGCAUCUUCUUCAUCUCCUCCCGUCAACGGUGAUCCGACCGCGGGCCAAAACGGGCUCAUCUCGCCCACUGCCUCAACCGAGAGCCCUGAGCCCGCUGUUUCCAUCGAUGAAAAUGGCAUGCCGGUUCAGGGCAAUGCCAACCCGCUGCGCGUUGUUCGCAAGCGCAAGCGCAAUUGCCUGAGCUGCUUACGCUGUCAUCGCCUCAAGGUCAAGUGCGAUAAAGAGCUGCCCUGCGGUCGUUGCAAGUCGAGCGGCAACGGCAGGGAGUGUUAUUAUAGCUACAACAAGGGCCCCAACGGCGGGAAAUUCCCCUGUCCCACAGCUCCGUCAAACAACGAGGAGACAAAGACGGUCCUAGCCACGUGGCAGGUCCAGCAUAAAGUACGAGGAUCCAGCCAUUGGCGAGAUCUCAUGACCAAGAUUGGCGCUUUGGCAUCUUUAGAAUCGGCCCCGCUGGCUGCCGCUCUUGAAGAUGUUGCUACAAAUGCUUGUUUGGCAAACUUUACGCUGCCGGGCAAUUUCCCCUUUGGUACCCCUGGUGCCACAAAGUACUUUGCGCGUGAGGCCGUCACUCGGCUGUUGGCGGGCGAGAGGCAGAACCAUGAAAGGUAUCUCCAGCGAUAUCUCGACUUGCUUGAUGUCGUGAAUCCAAUCAUCGACCUCCACAUUUUCAAGCGCGAGAUCGAGCGGUAUUGGCUGGAUCCCAAUGCCUCCAAUCUUUGCUGGCUGGCACAGUUCCUCAUGGUCAUGGGCCUCGGCAGCUUUGCCUCCGCCGAAGGAGAGCCUCCCGUCGCCACAGAAUUCAUGAUGGCUGCCGAAGCAUGCCUCAUGCAGACGCCCUUUUCCUUCAGACCGACCCUGCUCACCCUCAAGACGCUGGCCCUCAUGGUGGUGGCCAAGCAGGUCUGCAACCCCACCUGCUGGUCCGUGGAUUCGUGCUGGUCCCUGCUCGGACUGCUCGUCCGCACAGCCUUCAUCUAUGGUCUUCCGCAAGAUCCAACUGAUGAUGCGGAGACUAACCAAGAGGAAAAGGACGCCCGGAGAAAGCUGUGGCUUACCAUUUUGUACCUCGAUAUCAAGGUGGCCAUGUGCACUGGCAUGCCUCCUCUAACACGGCCGGAUGAGCUUGGCAACCUGCAAAAGAUUCCAGAGUGGGGUCCGCCGGACAGCCUCCAGAUGGUCUUGUACCAGUCGCUGCCAACCGUGCUAUCGGUCAUGGCGCAGAUCAAUUCCAAGAAGGAUCAAAUCUCAUACCCCGAUGUGCUGCGGUACAACGCUCAGCUGCGAGAGCUCAUGAGCCAUGCCCAACGCGUCUGCGUCGGACAGCUACAGCGGGUAACCGUCGACAUCUUCCUGCGACGGUGCCUCAUGGUUUUGCAUCGUCCUUUUGCGUUGCACCCAGAGGGCCCUGUCAUGUUUCCUGAAUCGUACUGGUCAUCCCUGGAAUGCUGCCUGGCGUUGCUGGUGCAUUAUCGUGAGAUGUGGUGUAGUGACGCGAGCCUGCGAUUAGAUCUUGUCGGACGAGCCUUUGUCCUCGAUUUCUUCUCUGCAACCCUGACGACGUACAUCCAUGUGCUUCGCGCAGAUGCGCCUCUUACAGGAGCUGCCGCCAUAGGGUGUGCAUUUCCUCCUCGGCAAAUUAUUCUCGAUACUCUACGAAGCUGUGUCGAUAUUUGGAGUUCAGAAAAGGAUAAGAGUGUGUGCUACCGCACUGGUUACAAUCUGCUUGAUGCGGUGCUCAACUUGGUUCCUAAAAAUAAGAUAUAAAAUCGCCGUGGUGGCGUAGGGCAGUGUAUUACUCCACCUGCCAAAGCAUUGCCAGAAGAUGCCGCAAACAAGCGAUAAUGUGUAUUCGGAAUAUUGACUGGAUAUUCCGGUUUUUAUUCCUCUUUCAACAACCAUAAUACGACAGAUGCAAAUACGUCCCAUUUCUCUUUAUAUAUCCUGCUCAUCGGCGCCCUGUUAUGAAUUUCGAAUGCGUCUAUUCUUUCUACAAGGACCUAUUCAUUAUUGCGGUCUGAAAUAUACUCCAUAUAGCGGCCUGGCAUGAUUGAAUAUCUGAAGCGUCGUUUCUUUUCUUUUUCUAUUUUCCAUAUUUCCAUUCCACUCUCGUUUCUUUAUUAGCCAUCAUUGGAUUUGCGGGCUGGGUUUUGUAUGAGGACAAAUGCAUGAAAUCAGGCAUGAUGAUGGACGGGCUAUGAAAGAGGUCAGCAGGACAAUUAUAUACAUUAGGCCAGCGUUUAUGUAGGAAGCGCGAGUCAAUAGCAGUAACAAUAUUACUAUUAGUCUGC